AUGGAGUGGGAGUGCGAAGAGGCGGCGACGAACCAGCGGCUGCUCGAGUGGCCUGUCGAGAAGCUCGAGAAAGAAGGCCUCUGCCUCGCCGGUCUGAGCGCACGCCGGCGCAAGGGCCGCUUCUACUCGCAGCCGAUCCUGCGCCUCAGCCUGCGCCGGAGCGGGCUCAAGCACUCCUUCCAGCCGGGCGACGAGGCCCUCUCGCACGGCUGCAGGAAGAGUCUAGGAAGUGUCCUCCUCUCGCGCGGCUGCCCGCUGCAGGGCGGCGCUGCCAGCCUCAAGGGCGAGGUCCUCGAGCUGCACGUCGGACACAUCGACGUCGCGCUGUCCGCCGCCGCCGCCUCGCCUCCAGACGGCGUCGAGAGGGAGACGUGGAGGCUCGACCGCGUCGCCAACCGAACCGCCUGUGCACGGGCGCUGGGCGCGUCGCCGAGCGGUCGCAGCGGCAGUCCGUUGCCGGCGGCACGGCUGGCGGUGGCGCUGACGCCGCACUUCCAGCGCUCGCACUUUAGCUUCGAGGUGCCGGUGGAGAUGGUGCACUGGCUGUCCGACGGCGACCCGCGCAGGCGCCGCUCCGACUGCGGCGACCUGCCCCGCUCCACCUUCUACGGCCAGUGCCGCUGGGACGAGGCGGUCAAGCGGGAGGGCCGGGCGGCGGCGCGGGCGGGGUCGCUCGACCGACAAACGGCGGCGUUGCUCGACCUCGAGCCGCUGCCGCUCGACGGGCUGCUGGGCCGCAGGGACCCCGAGAGCGCGCGGAUGCGGCGGAGCCUCGGUUGCCCCGACCUCGUCGCGCUGGUGGAGGACGCGGCGGAGGAGGAGCCGUCGGCAGAGGUGUGGUGA